AAUGGCAACUGGCAACACUAAAAAUUGAAAUUUCAGAUUCAGCCAGGAAGGAAAAAGUUGGGAGUGAAAUUGAAUUGGGCUUAGGAGUGUUUAAGUGGGCUAAUAAAAAUGCUUGUGUUAGAAAAUUUGAUUUAAAUUAUAACAACAACAUUUUGUGAUUUUAUCAACAAUGUUAUUUAAUAUCCAGAAGCUGUUGAGGAUAAUUAAAGAUUUAUGUACUUAGUUGACAGCUAUUUUUAUAACCUAAAUUAGUCAUCUAUAAAAGUAAUAAAUGAAUAGGUGACGAACAUCUGCAAUUGCAUUAAUAUUAGUUUAAUUUUAUAAUGCUGCAACGCUGUGAUGAUCAACAGUGGUGAUAAUAUUAUCAGCGAUUCUAUUAAUUGAUAUUCUAUCAACUUGUUCCAAGCAGGGGCCUGUCGCUGCUGUGAUACCAAAUCAAUUGAUAUAAUUAGUUAGUAGGAAAAACUAAUCCAAAGAUGGACAGCCUCUACGCUUGGUACAAGGACUUAAUUGAUAAUCGGAGCGAUCCCAGGGUAAAGGAUUGGCCAAUGAUGUCGUCACCCUGGCCAACGUUGGCUGCGUGUGUAUGCUACGCGGUGUGCGCGCGAAAGAUUGGCCCAACGCUGAUGGCUAACCGCAAACCCUUCGAACUUAGGAAUAUACUCGUAGUCUAUAAUAUGGCACAAACUAUUUUCAGUGCGUGGAUAUUUUAUGAGUAUUUGGCGAGCGGAUGGUGGGGCCACUACGACUUCAGGUGUCAACUCGUCGACUACUCACGGAGCCCUAGAGCUAUGAGGAUGGCGAACACAUGCUGGUGGUACUACUUCAGCAAAUUCACGGAGUUCUUCGACACGCUGUUCUUUGUGCUGCGCAAGAAGAACGAGCACGUGUCGACGCUGCACGUCAUCCACCACGGCAUCAUGCCCAUGUCCGUCUGGUUCGGGCUUAAAUUCGCGCCAGGUGGUCACAGUACAUUCUUCGCUCUGCUGAACACGUUUGUGCACAUCGUCAUGUAUUUCUACUACAUGGUGUCAGCCAUGGGCCCCAAGUACCAGAAGUACAUAUGGUGGAAGAAGUACCUCACCGCCUUCCAGAUGGUACAAUUCGUCCUUAUCUUCAGUCACCAACUGCAGGUGCUGUUCCGGCCAUCCUGCCAGUACCCGCGCGUGUUCGUGUACUGGAUCGCGAUGCACGGCUUCCUCUUCCUGUUUCUGUUCAGCGACUUCUACAAGGCGCGCUACAACAAGGCCGGCGGUAAACCGAAGAGGACCAACGGCCUUUGCAUGACCGUGUUGGAAGAGAGCAGUUCCCUAAACGGCAAGAACGGCUACAAGCACGAAGAGGGCUCCGCAGUGCCCAACUCGUACGCGUCGUCGGCCGCGGACGCGUUCGUCAGGCGCCGACCGUUGCCCUAGUGCCCCGACCCACGCUCAGCUGUGGCAGCUCUGCGCUCGACUGCCAUCCGUCCGGAUUCCGGAUACGUCUCCAUUGUAAUCACGUCUGAGUUACAUUCGGAUAGGAUCUCGAUUUGAUCCUGCCAUUCUAUACACAGCUUAUAAUAUAUUGUGUUUCAUUUACUGCUAAACUCUAUUUUAUACGCUGUUACAUUCGAUGUUUUGAUACUCUCGAUUUCUCCCCGCGAUCCGGGAUUCUGCGAUCGUAGCGAUGGUAGCCCUAUCCGCGAAGCUGUGUCCACGAGCUGUCGAGGGCAAUCCAAAUAUAUUAGGUUAGGCGAAACUGUUCGAGGUGGUAACGAUUAUUCUCUUUGUGGUGACGAUGACGGUGUCACAUGGAGGGGCUCCAGUCACAUGAUAGGGUUAACCUCGUUUAGCCAAAUCUGGUGACCUCAACACUUCCCGCAACAGUAGUCCCCUCUCCCCUCUAAACUUACCGCUAGCUUUAAUUAGAGUUGAGGCAGUCUCAACCGCCUUAGCCGACAGUGGAACCGUUUCGGGUCCCCUUAGUCUAAAAGUUAUUAUUAGCAUUUGCGAAAUAGUUAGAACCCGCCUUUUAAAUUAUCCGGGGGUCUGUACUAUUGAAUCGUGUGUACACUUCAACGUGUCCCACCGGAACAUUUGUACAUAGAAAUACACUUACGAGUAACUUCAUGAAAAAUGUACAAUACUUCGCACAGUGGGGUUUGGUUUCGGCCGCUUUACGUGCGCUAGUCAUUCCGUCGCAUCUCCGAGUCCAUAUUGCUGCAAUUAUACCGAUGUCUCCCUGAACAUAUGUUUCCGUUUUCAGUUUUGCUUUGAAUGCAAAUGGAUUUGAUAGAUCGACUGCAAUCCCGCACUUAUAAUCUCAGGCGCGUCAAAAUGUACUGCAUGCCGGUUGGAAAGUUUUAUCCGUAAAGUUAAGAUUUUAAACCAUGAUGCACAACUUCCCAUUCGCCCUCGAGAAUUGUAUCAUCGAAUGCCUUACAUUAUUAUUUUAAGUACAAACCCUAGACUAUGAAUCGUUGAAUUACUAGUUAUCUUGUAAAUGUUAUAUCGGUUUCGGAGAUAAGUAUAAUUUUCCUUUAAUGUAUUUGUAUAUAAUAAUUUGAGAUGGCGAUAUGUCAUUUAAAUGUUUUAAAAGUUUUAACGUAAACUUUGCUGCUAGCGAAGUGAACGAUUGUACAUACGAUGGAUGAAUAAUGUUCUAGCAAUGGUGUUGUUUUACUGCUUUAUGUAUAAAAUGUCUCAGGUUUAUAUAAUGUACAUAUAAUUUUUAUGGUCAAGUUUAUGAGUCGUUUAUGAGUCUUAAUCAUAAAGUUACCAUAGAGUUCUUGAAAUCCAGUGUCAUUUAUUAAUUUCAAUUUUGUUUUUUAUGUGCUCAAGCAUUUAUUAUAGUUUUCAUUUUGUAUACCAUGUAAUACUUGUGUAAGUCGAACAAAUGAUAUUAACAAUUUUAAAUAUUGUAUUCGUAUAAAAAUCUUAACAUAUUUAUAUUAGCAAUUUUAUUAUAAGGAACCUUUGCACACACAAUACAUGAUAAUUGCGAAUAAGUUGAGUUGACCCAUACAAAAUGCUUAUUAGAAAGUUUUAAAAUCUAUUUUAGGAACUUGUUGUAGAGAUUAUUAAAGAAAAAAUAGAUCCUUAGCCGUUAAAAUUAAACGUUAAUACGAACAGAUUAUACAAAUAUGGAAUUAAAUAUCACCUGUAUUUAGUAUUAGAUGUUACAACGUCAACUCAACUUAUUUUUAAAAUAAACGGCAUAAAGGGUAACGGAUGAAAUAUUUAGGAACUUGCGCCGUUCUGCCGCCGAAUUUAUAGAAUUCUUAAUUUAUUGACCUAAUAGGCGUGAAUAAUAAACAAAAUCAGGGGAUCCUAUUGUCAAAGGAAUGCCUCAAAAGAUUGAUCUUUUUACCUUGAGGUACAUACAAUAAAUCUACACUCUAUCCGCCGAAAGAAGUUGUACAGCGUUCUAUCUGUUACGCAAUUCCAUAUAAAUUGUUGAGAAAAAAAUCUCAGUGGGCGCUAACCAUUUUGUGGCACCAACCAAUCACAAACGAAACUAUGUUUUCUAAUUAUUUUUUUAAAAUGUUUUCGAAUUAAAUUUUGAAUGUUUUUAAAAAUAUGUUUGUGAUUGGUUGGUGACUCAAAAUGGUUUACGCUCACUGAGGUUUUUUGCUUUUUAAUUUGUAUGGGAUCACGUAACAACAGAGCGAACGCUAUACGAACUUCUUUUCACAGAUAGAGUAAAACCAAAGCUUGAUUGCAUGUAACCUAUCUCUGACUUUUGUUAUAAUUUUGCAGUUGAAGAAUAGGUAUUCUUUGUAACAUCAUCAGACUAUGAUGUAUACCUACCUACCAGAUUCGUUUUAAGAGCUGGUCACACUUGCAACUUCCCACGCUACAAAAAGUCGUAAAAAAUACUACAAACACAACGCGACGUUUUGUCGAGUGUUUGUAGAGUGCUUCUGUGUGUUUAGAAUGCGAUUUUACUUCUCAGCAGCGUAAUAGAAUUGUCUAGACACAAUAACGUUCAAGUAAAAUGGACAUAAAUAUGCUUGACAUAAAGUUAAGAAUUCAGUACCACCGAUUUUAAUUUCACAAGGUCUCCGCUUGGAGCGCUGGCACUAGACGUACAAGUACGAACGAAAUUGAACUUAAAAACAAUCCCGUUAACGUCCAUUUUACUUCAACGCUGACUUGUAUUGACGUACGAAUUCUAUCAAACGUUGUGAGAUGUUAAAUCUAAGCAUGUUAAGGCUUAGCGUCCACUAGAGCCGAAUCGAUUCGCAUUAAGAAUUCCUUGCUUUCUAUUCGAACAGAUUUUAGUCGAUUCGACUCGACGGCACGCUGUGGUUAUUUGGUAAUGGAUACAGUUCCAUAGUCAUUCAAAUGGACAAAUGAAUGCGAUUCAAUUCUGCGACCAAAUGGAAAGAUGGCUUUACAAGUGUUUCAGAUUUAAGGCCAAAAGUCAAAACCGCGACGUGACUUCGCGUUGUCUAAGAUCGCGAGCGUGAUUAGCGUCGCUAGUCGUAGACAAAAUAGGGGCUAGGUGUGUUCAAACGACACCAUAUUAAUUAUCCUUUAUGCGAUGCAUUAAGGUCGUCUGAAUAGUCCUCUAAAGAAGCCCCAAUUUUAACUUUGAAUUCCGGUGUAAGAGUGUCAUCGUAGUUUUACAAUGAUUGCAAAACAAGUAGUCCAACCUGAAGUUGCGACAUGGCGGUUUACGCAGGUCAUAGACAAGAUAAUUAAAUACAGAAGCCCGGCUGAGAUCUUGUUUUGUACAAUGCGCAGUCAUACGUCACGUGUUCAGCUUGGACUAUUUGUUUUUGCGCGCACUAUGCGCGUCGCGAAUUCGCAUCGCGGAAUUGAGUUCGCCCUUAAUUACUGUAUUGAUUAAUGUGUUGAUUUAGUAUCACGUUUUGGUGUAUAAUGCUUUUUAUGUGUGGUAUGGUCGGCAAACGGUCGCUUUGGGCGCAAGCAGGCGGAGCACUGCGACACGAUGCUCAAAUAUUUGCUGCGAGUUCACUAUUUUGCAACCUUUAUUUAUUAUUUUAAUAAAGUAUUUUAUAAAAUUU